AUGGAGCCUCCCGCAAAGCGCCAGCGACUAAGCCAUACACCAGCAAGUCGCCAUCAGCAUGAAGACGAUGAGCUUGACUUUGAAUUCGAGAAUGUCGACCAUCAACGAGACUCUGGCUUCCAACUCGCCGAGUCCAGAGCCUUCGCUGCUUACAAGCUCAAGUCGACAUUCGAGCACAUCUUUGAAAAGUACGAACGAGACUUUACAGGAAUUGCAGAUGAGAUCGACCUACGAACAGGAGAGAUCGUUGUCGACAAUGGCCACAUCCAACGACUGGGCCUAGGCGGCGUGGACAGUGUUCUUGAAGAAGACGGGGGCAUGCUUCUGGAAGAUGCGUUUAUGACUUCUGAAGAAGAAGGUCACGAGCAAGGGCAACCUGAUUUCUCUUCAAAGCCACAGCCGCGCGACACUUCGCGGGCAGGGGAAGGUGAGGAGGAGUCUCGAGCUUCAAAGGACCGACAACCGCCGCCACCCAGCCCAACCCAAGCGGCUGCCACUUCAGCACUCCAACGCAGAGAAGGCCCCGAACUCUCAACACCGGGCGGUCUUGGAACUGAGCACAGGCUCUCAAAACUAGCGUUUUCUCGACAUGCCCCUCCACGCUCCUCGCCCUUGUCUCGAGGUGCAUGGGGGCCAGACCAUGGUGCUACCGAUCCGGUUUGGAGGACGCCACGGCUACCUUCACCGGAGUUUAGCGAUAAUUUCACGUCCAAAUUUCAAGCUACCAGGUACAGUGUCCCGGCUGCCGAGAAUGAGGAGUCUAUCUGGUCGCUGCCUCCGAGCGACAUGGUGUGGCCUUUGAGCCCGUACAAACCUGCUCCAUCGCCUUCAAGCCGUCACUGCAAGAGUCCCGGACGCUCUGCUCAGUCGGGGCAGCGCAGGCCUUCUCUUGUACCAGCAGAUGGGCACGACGAGGAUGAGAUUCUUUCUCAUGUUGCGACUGGAUCGGCGGCUACAAGUCCAAGUAAAUCAAAAGUCUUCCAAUCGGCACCCAAGAGUCAAGAAGUAGAUGGGGGAAAUCGUGGGGAAGCGAAGCAGCCAAACGACAGCGACCACAGUCAUCCAGGAAAUUCAGCUAAAGAGCGAAAAAAGCCUCCAGCAAAAGCGAAAGGCAUCAGACCCGUGGGUCGACCUCGAAGUAAAACUGCAAUCCCUGGCGUCAGAAUUAGCAGCAGAGUCAACACCACGCCGCCAGAUCAAAUUUCACAACUUCACGUCGAGCUGGUCACAGCCAAGAGAGGGCCUAGCCGGCCCAAGAAAAAUACUUCUAAUAAAGCACCGGAACUGAUACCGCAGCAUACUAUUCCUGAGUCAACACUCCCCGUUCAGGUAGACGAGCUACCUCGGAAGUCCAGAUUUCAACAGCUUGUUAUCGAGCUUCCCAGGCGACCGGAACCACCAGGGCUGACAGAGGUGGGCGACAUAGCCUGUGAACCACCUCCCCAGAGCACCGAGCGGACCGAUACACCUCCCAUGUCACAGAUUAAGGCAAAUGCGUCUCCGGCAAGGAUAGAGCACGUCGCAUCGAGUAUCCCUGACUCUCAAGCGUUGACCUCCCUGUCCUCUUCAGCCCCCGCAAUAGAGCCACCUACAGAAGUGAAGCCUCAAGAGACGAUUGACAAAGCGUCGACAGAAAUCUACCAAAGAAACGAAGUUGAUCCUUCUUACGAGUUCUCCGACGAAGAGAGUGGAAUUCCGCUUGCGAAAGGUGUCGUAGUACCGACUACUGGAAAGCCUGAUGCGCGUUCCCGAUCUGUUCAAACUCCCGACUUGUCGAAUGUGGCACUCCCAAGAGAAUCAGAAGCUGCAGCUGCACCCGAAAAGACACAAGCGCAUGCUAUGGAAGGAGAACAGAGACUGGUUGAUUUGCCUAUACCAGAGGUUUCUGUGCUUCCAGGUAUAUCAAAAAAGGGGGGAGACCGCACCGAAGUUUCGACUAUACAGGAGAGCAUGGCCGGAAAGGCUGCGACGCCACCUCAGGUCAAGAAGCCAGAAUCUGCAGCUCAAGAGCUGCCCCUCAACGUGGCAAUCGAUUUGCCGUCGCAAAUAUCAAACGAGCGUACAAGCCGGCCAACAGAACAGUCAGAAACUGCAAUAGCUGUCGAUUCAGUGCCUGAAUUACCAACCAACUCUAGCAUUUUGCCACCAUUGCAGCAGACUUCAAACGACGAGCAACCGACACAGAAGAACACUGUACUUGAGGUGCCUGAUUCAGAUUGCCUUGAUGAGAACCUGGAAUCAUCGCUACGGAAGGUGUCACAGCCCCUCGCGUCGACUCAGGACAAAGAAUCUGCUGCCCAGUCUCCCACGCUGCCGCUAGCUUCUGAAAGUACCUGCAGCUCUAAGAAGAAGAAGAAGAAGCAGAAGAAUAAGAGGAAGAAGACAAAGGACCUCCACCAUAAGACAUCCAUUCCUGUACUUGAGGAAGCGCAGUCGGCUAUCGUACAGCUCUCACAGGCACCACAAGCAGAAGCCGAUGUCGUGGGAGCCGACGUUCCCAAAAGUUCGCCGCUCGCGGCCAGCAACAACGAACCCGAGAAGCAGAAGAACAGCACCAGCAAGACCGCAACCCCUCAGGCUCAAAUACUGACGCCUCAGAGACCUUCGCCCCGCCGCAGCAUCCUCUCCCUCCGCCCUGGAGAUGCCGAAGAAGACGAGAUCUCCUUGAUCUUCGAUUCCUGGUCUACCCCCAGGACAGGGUCCGCGUUACCCCCUCGGGUAGUUGAUUUUUCUUCCAUCCGCAAGAGUACACUCGCCAAACUCGCCGGCUCCUCGCCGCUGCGCAGUCGCGGCAGUAUCAUGUCUCCGGCAGGCCUCGUGACCAGCGGCGGCGGAGGCAGCGGGCUGCGCUUCCGCACGGCACGGGAAGGCUUUGGCGGGAUGAGCACGCCGACGAAGAGGAAGCGACUUGCGUCUCCAGGAAGCCAGGCGGGAUCGCUCAUUCGGACGCCUGGUGGACAGCUGCGCAGGUGCGGCGUGGAUGGGUUCAGCUGCGACAGGGACUUCUGCUUCACCUGCCUCCAAGGAUAG